AUGGGUGGACACCGUAGAGAUCAAAGUGAUAGCAAUGUUCCACUUCGACCCAUUUCCGAAUUUGAGGUAAGUCUCUUUUUUUUCGAAAAUUUUCAAGAGCUUGCUAAGCUUCUGGUACCAAAGAAUUUCUAAUCAAGUUUUUUCUGAGGGGAUAGAAAAAAAUCUUGAAACAUUUUUUGCGAUUUUUUGAACGCUUCAAUGAUUUUUUGGAAAAAAAUGGAGAAAAAAAUGAUUUUUGAGAAAUGUCAAGAGCCUUUUUUGUAGCUUGAAAAAAUUGGUUUUUUUGGGAUGAACUAGAUUUUUGAGGGUUUCUAGAAUAUAAAAUCCAAAAAAUCGAUUUAGGUUUGAAUCUAAGCCUUGAGUUAAGCUAACUUCGAAGAUCUGAACUUAGAAAUUUCUAUUUUCUUGAAAACUAUAUUUUAAGAAAAAUUUGAAUUUUCUCAAAAACCCUCUAGUUUCUAAAAAAAAACCUUUUUUUAAAGAAAAUUCUUGAAAAACUCUUAUUUUUUUUAAAUAAACCCUCUAAUUUCUCUAAAACCCUAUAUUUUCUAGUUCAAACUAGAAAAAUCACGAUUUUUCGCGCCCAAAAGAUCAAAAAACUCUCAAAACUAUCGUUUUUUCUCGCAAUUGUUGACUAAAUGCAUGAACAACUUUUCAAAGCUACCACAAAAACUCGAAAAACUCUGUCAAUAUUGACUCAAAUUUGUUAUUAUUACUUACUUACUUUCGUCUUUUAUUUUGUGUAGUACUAAUAAUAAAUAAACACUACAGAAAAUACAACGUAAAACAUCAGAUUUAUAUUUUAUCGUAGUCUUGAGCAAUAAAAUUAAUAAAAAUUCUAAACUACAGUAUUUUCAGAUGACGCCAAAUCAAUCGAUGAAUUCAGUAGUUUUGAGUGGAACUUGUAAUGGUAUUUCAAUUAAUAUUGAUCCAAUUGAUCCGGAGCCGACUAGGAGUGAAAAAGAUGUGAGUUUUUUCGAGGGAAGUUGAAUUCUGAGAUCUUCUGAAGGCAAUAGGAGACUUUGGAAAUCUUCAGAAGGCUUCUGAACAAUUCUGAAAGUUUCAGAACAAUGCUGGAGGCUUCUGAAGGCUUCUGAAGAAUUCUCAAGACUUUUCAAGGUUUCCCGAGGCCUCUGAAGACUACCGAAAGCUUCUGAAGGCUUCUGAAGGCUUCUGAAAGCUUCUGAGAGCUUCCCAAGGCUUCUCAAUGCUUCUCAAGGCUCCAAAAAGCUCUAGCUGACUUUUUUGUACCAAAAUAUUUUUCAUUCCAGCCAAACACUGAUGAAAUCUAUCCAAAUCAUCUCCACCAUCACCACCAUCUUCACAUUCCAAGACCCGAAAGUUCGGAAGGACUCAAAACAGUUGUCGCAUUUCUAUGCUUAAUGUUGUCAGCAUUUCUCAACUUCUUCCUACUCACCGUAAUUCACGAUUUUGUGCCCAAAGAACCGCUACCCGAUCUCACUUUUAUGAUUAUUCCACAACAACGAUGGGCGUGGAGUGUUGGAGAUGUUUUGUCGACUUUGAGGUGAGCAAUUUUCGUGUUAUUGUUUUUGGCCAAAAUUUGUAGGCUCACAAUUAUCCAAAUAUUCAAUCCAGAAAGUCUAGACUACAUUAAUUAGUAUCGAAGUUAGCCUAAGUUCAAGCUACCAAUUCUGGGGUUAUGUAAGCUCAAAGUUAUCCUAAUUUUCAGCACAAAUAUAGGACUAUUUAGACUCAAAAUAUACCUGAUUUUGGCCCGGAAAGUCAGGGCUUAUUUAGGCUUAAAGUAAACCCAACUUCCGGCUACCAAUCUGUGAGCUUAUUUUGGCUCAAAGUUAUGCUAAUUUUCAGCAAAAAAUUAGGAUUACUUCGGCUCAAAAUAUAUCUGAUUUCGGCCCGGAAUGUCUAGGCUUAUUUAGGCCUAAAGUUAGACUAACUUCAGGCUACCAAUUCUGGGGUUAUGUAAACUCGAAGUUAUCCUAAUUUUCAGCAUAAAUCUAGGCCUAUUUAGGCUAAAAAUAUACUUGAUUUUGGCCCGGGCUUAUUUGGACUCAAAAUGAUCCUGAAUUCCAGAUUUAUCCUAUUUUUAAGUUCCCUCCGGGCUUCCGAAAAAAUCAGAGCUUCUAGAAUAUUUUCCAGAUUUUCUGAAAACUCAAAAAAAAAUCAAUAAAAUUUCCAGUUCGGUCAUCGCAUUCACAAUAAUCUUCCUACACCACAAACGUUGGGUAGUUCUCCGUCGCACAUUUCUCCUCGGCGCAAUUAUGUAUGGUCUACGAGCUGUGAUACUUGGCGUAACUUUUCUCCCGCCAUCUUUUCAUAAUCGCGAUGAGAUUUGUCAACCGCAAGUCAAUCGAACUGCAAUGUAUGGAAUGGAAAUUGCUACGCGAUUUUUGACAUAUGUUAUUACACUUGGCCUAACUUCGGGACAGGAGAAGAUUCUUUGCGGUGAUUUGAUGUUCUCUGGACAUACUGUUGUUUUGACGAUUAUGUAUUUUGUGCAAUUACAGUAUACGCCAAGGGGGCUCGUUUUAUUGAGGUGAGAUUUUUUGAAGAUAGUUUUCUGGGGCUUCUGGGAGUUUCUAGGCUUUUCAAAAAAUUUCCGGAUUCCUCCGAGCUUCUAGAAAAUUCAUAGAAUCUCCUAGACCUUCUAGAAAAAUUUCUAGAUGUUUUAUGGACUUCUGAAUUGUUUUUGAUGUUUUCCAAGUUUUCUAGAAAAUCGAGAAGGACUUCUAGACCUUCAGAAAAAUUCUGAAAAUCCACCUAGACGUUCUCUAGCUUUUCUCAAACUUUUAGAAAAUUUACAAAUUUUUUCCGAACUCUUGAAGACUUUCUAGACCUUCUAAAAUCUUCCUUGGGCUUUUCAGAAAUCCUGAAUCCCAUAUAACCCUUCUAGAAGUCUUCCAGAACUUCUGAAAGCCUCCUGAACCUUCGGAAUUUUUUUCCGGGCUUCGAAAACCACCUGAAUCUUCUUGAAUCUCUUCCUGAACUUCACAAACCCUCCUAGAUCUAUUUUAGAUCAAUCUUUCCUGAACUCCCUAAAACUUUCCCAGAUCUUCCAAAACUUCAAAAAAAAUUAUUUUUUUGCAGAUAUUUCGCAGCGCCCGUCACAUUUUUGGGCAUCUCAGCACUAGUCGUUUCGGGUGGACAUUAUACAAUGGACGUGUUGAUUGCCUACUGGUUGACGAGUCACGUUUUUUGGUCAUAUCAUCAGAUUUUUGAGAUGAAAAAAGAGGAUCGACCACAAGCGCCGCUUAGCCGAUUAUGGUAAGAGAGAUUAUCUGAGUUUUGAUCUUGAUUUUUUCUCCAGAAAAAAUUGUAUGAUAAAUAGAGGGGAUUUUGAGGAAAAAGAUAUCAAAAGUUCUAAUUUUUUGGUACAUUUUCCAUUAAAUUUUAAAAACGUUGAGUUACAGUAUCUCUUAGCAGCUACAGUAAUCUUCUUAAAUUCAGUAAAUCCUCCAGAUUUUGUACAGUACACCUUACAGUACAGUAAUUUUUGCUUGCAGGUGGUUCUGGAUAUGUUACUGGUUCGAAUCGGAUGUUUCGGAAGGGAAACUAAUCAAUAAAUGGGAUUGGCCAUUCGAAGGACCCGAAAAAAUGCAUCACAUUAUCGAUGAGAUAAAUCGAAAACUACAGUAA